AUGGCGACCAAGCAGAGAGUCAUCCGGCUGUCCACCGAGCAGCCCAGCUACGUGGUCUGCGUGCUGGGCACCGAAGUCUCCAUAGACGUCAAAGGGUCCGCCCCGCAGGGCGCUGAGACCUUCGACGUCCGGGGGACCUCCGGCCUCAAAGUCUACGUGGUCUACAGCCCAACGCUGGUCACGGCGCCUGGAGGGGCCGGUCGGUGGCCGCUCCACUCCGACGUGGAGGUCACGGUGGCCCUGAACGGACCCAGCAGCACCGUCAACGACAACAAGGUGCGCGUUUCCUAUUACGGACCAGGAGGGACGACCCUCAUCGCCAGCGCCUGGCUGCACGUCACUUCCAUGGCCAUCUCCCUGGAGGCUGACACCAGUCGAAAUGGAGUGGUGGAGAGCAACGCAACCAACAAGACAAAAUGGACGUGGGGCCCAAAUGGUGAAGGAGCCAUUUUACUAGUGAAUUGUGACCGGGACGGCCCGAGCUCUGGGAACAUGGACAACGCUUACCCUUACGUGCGAUCCCACGCAGAUCUGCAAGAUUUGUCCCUGGUGCUCCUGAACACCCAUGGCCCCGCCGGCGUCUUCAGCACCCACAAGCUGGUUCUGCACACCUCGGUGUUCGAUGCAGGCAAAGUGAGAGUCUUCCAUGCUAACGGGGAUUCACCGCCGUCCAACUAUGAGCACGUCUUGGGGUCUGACAAGCUGUCCUACGUGGUGAGAAGCACGGACGGGAGAGCUCAGCACACCUUCUAUGUGGAGGGGCUUGCCUUCCCUGACGCGGGCUUCAAGGGCCUGGUUUCUCUGCAUGCCACCCUUCUGGAUCAGUCUAGCCAGAAUCUGCCGGCCACCCCGGUAUUCACGGACACCGUGGUGUUCCGGGUGGCUCCCUGGAUAAUGACCCCCAACACCAUGAAGCCCCUGGAGCUGUUUGUCUGCAGCAUUAAGGAAGGUCACCACCCCAACCAGGCCUUCUUGAAGGCUAUCAAAGUCCUGGCGAAGAAAGCCAAUUGCAAGCUGACGAUUUGCCCGGAGGUCGAGAAUCGGGGAGACCGCUGGAUCCAGGAUGAAAUUGAGUUUGGCUACGUGCAGGCGCCCCACAAGUCCUUCCCCGUGGUCUUCGACUCUCCAAGAAACAGAGGCCUCAAGGAGUUUCCUUUCAAGAAGAUUCUGGGCCCUGAUUUCGGGUAUGUGACCCGAGAACCCAGGGAUGGCUACGUCUCUGGCCUCGACUCAUUUGGGAACCUGGACGUCAGCCCUCCUGUGACGGUCAAAGGGAAGCAAUAUCCACUGGGAAGGAUCCUCAUCGGCAGCAGUUUUCCUGGAUCUGGCAACAGGAGGAUGGCCAAAGUGGUCCGCGAUUUCCUCUACGCCCAGAAAGUUCAGCCUCCCGUGGAGCUCUAUUCGGACUGGCUCACCGUGGGACACGUGGACGAGUUCCUGACAUUUGUUCCCGCACCCAACAGGAAGGGUUUUCGGUUGCUCUUAGCCAGUCCCUCUGCCUGCCUGAAGCUGUUCAAAGAGAAGCAGAGAGAAGGUUAUGGAGACGCUGCCCUGUUUGAAGGGAGAGUGGGCAGAAUCACAGUCAACGAUCUCCUGGCAGACACGAUCUUGCACGGGGACAGCAAGUACGUGCAGAGUUGCAUUGACUGGAACCGAAAUAUCCUCAAGCGGGAGCUGGGCCUGAGCGAGCGAGACAUCAUCGACAUCCCACAGCUCUUCACGCUGGAAGGCUCCACGGCGAUGGCGUUAUUUCCGGACAUGGUGAAUAUGCUCGUCCUGGGGAAACACCUGGGGAUCCCAAAGCCCUUUGGCCCCAUCAUCCACGGAGAGUGUUGCCUGGAAUCGCAGGUCCGCUCCCUGCUGGAGCCGCUGGGCCUGACCUGCGAUUUCAUCGAUGACUUUUUCUCAUACCAUGUGCUGUCCGGAGAAGUCCACUGCGGCACCAACGUCUGCCGGGAACGCUUCUCCUUCCCUUGGUGGAACAUGAUCCCCUGA